CGGAACACUUUUGCAAUUCGAAGGCACUCUGGUGUUUAUCAAAAGAGCGUCUAAAGUCAGUGGCCAGCCCCCGAGGUAUCAAUAUCAGCCUCUAAGUUUCGUUAUUACAGGUACCAAGGUCGGUUUUCAGUUUCAUUAUUACUGAUGGUGAAACAAUUUAGUCCAAAGGCAAAAAAGGGAAAGCCAAGCGGCGACACAACCAGAGACAACUUGACAAGGAAGGAAGAGGAGCGUCUGUCGAGUGAAACCUCAAAAAAAGGGCAGAGAAUUUAGUCAACCCGCUCCAGUCCCUGCAGAACUAUGGAACUGUUGCUGGCUCACCCAGCCAUCAAAGCUUUCAUGUGCGGCGCUUUCAGCGGAACCUGCUCCACGCUCCUUUUCCAGCCACUCGACCUGGUCAAAACACGACUGCAAACGUUGCAGAACAACAUGCAGCCUGGUUCUGGCCGUGUCGGGAUGAUGAGAGUGUUCCUGAAUGUAGUGCGGACAGAGAGGCUGCUGGGAUUGUGGAAGGGAGUUUCGCCGUCCUUCAUGAGGACCAUCCCCGGGGUGGGGCUCUACUUUAGCACUUACUGCUCACUGAAGCAGCACUUCUUCCAGGAGAAGAACCCGGGGGCCUUAGGGGCUGUGCUGCUGGGAGGCGGAGCCAGGACGGUGGCUGGGGUCCUCAUGUUGCCUGUGACAGUCAUCAAAACGCGAUAUGAAUGUGGCAGGUACCGUUAUGCGAGCGUCACCGGGGCUUUGCGCAGUGUGUGUCGGACUGAAGGCCCCGCUGCGCUGUACUCUGGCCUGAUGGCCACUCUGCUCCGAGACGUUCCUUUCUCUGGAAUCUACGUGAUGUUCUACAGCCAGAUGAAGACCAAUUUGCCCAACGAGCUCAGCGUGUCUGCGUUCGCCCCCCUGGCUAACUUCAGCUGUGGGGUCCUGGCAGGGGUGUCGGCCUCGCUCAUCACUCAGCCUGCCGACGUGGUCAAAACACUCGUCCAAGUGAACCCCCGCUUGAGCACGGUUGACGCUGUCAGAUACAUCUACGUGGAACAUGGACUUGAGGGUUUCUUAAGAGGGGCGUUGCCGCGCUCUCUCAGGAGGACGAUGAUGGCCGCCAUGGCGUGGACCGUUUACGAGCAGAUGAUGGCAUACCUUGGACUGAAAUCGUGAAAAGGAAAGUCAAGGCGAAGGCGGUGGAUGACAAAGAGAUAAGGUCAAGUGACAAAAAGAGAAGAGGAAAAGUGCCUCCUCUGCAGUUUGCGCCUCAUAUGUCACAAGGAUUUCUUGUCCUCAAUGAUGGAAUUGCGCAUGACGCAAAAGCUGGUCAAAGGUUGACAAUGUGUUCUUCAGGUGUUAUGGCAGAUUGGUCACAUUUUAUAAGUUCCGAGUUGUGUUUGUCAGGAGCAGGCCCAGACUGCCGACAAUAAGCCAUGCAUGAUGAUAUUGGGGAGAAAUGGCUUUGACUUCUGUAACACGCACUGAUAUCGUGUAGCUUUUUUGUUUUCAUUUACUGUGACGUUUUAUAGUCCUUUAUCACAAUAAUGAUUGAAUUGAGUGUUCCUUUUAUGUAUAGAUUAUUUUAAAGAAGCUACCCAUGUAUUUAUAUUUUUCUAAUACAAUAAAGCAAAUCUUCAACGUUGA